AUGUCACACUGGAAGCUCACAGACUUCGGUGAUAUUGAUGGUGGUGGCAUCAACUACGCCAGUAAAGAACCCUGUUUGCAGGGUUUGCUCAGUGCAGAACGAUCCACCUGCCCAGAUUGCAGGCAAGGCUUCUCCAGAGAAGAUGUGAGGUCAUUCCGUACCCUCAAUGCUUGGCCAAAGCGUAUUCAGGAGGCUCCCCAAGCAAACCAACAAGACAACUUGGCAAUAUGCCCAAUAUGCGUCCGGCAGGUAGAAACGCCGCUGAAGAUGUCAGAACUCUUUUCGAAAAUGGUGUGCGGUGACUGCUGGCGAACGGGCGAAAUGCUCCGUGAAUCUAUUGUGGAAGAACGCAUCCAGCCAGCAGCUUCGCGUGGCAUUAUUCGCAGUGGUGAAGUCGAUCUGCAGGGCAACCAACAGGCCAGGAAUGCAUGGUGUCAUUUCUGCUCUCAAUGGGUAGACACACCGCUGCAGAUGACGCAGUACUUUACAAAACCGGUGUGCAAUGAUUGCAGUAGGUCGGCAGAGAGGCCCAUUUGCAGCGCUAGCCGCAACAGAAGCCGACUUGUUGGUGAGCAAGACAUGGGAUAUGUUUCUGACUUCGCUCCUGGGGAGGAAAGCGGAGAUCGCGUUAAUCACAUCGAGCGAAGGCUAGCACAGAACCCUCCAGCAGCAUAUGGGGAAGGUACUUGGCAAGACAACCAACAGGCCAGAGGAGCACGAUGUCCCAUAUGUUCUUGA